AUGGCCUUGCGUUGCUCUGCACUGUCAUACUUCAAAGAUACGAAUGCCUCAAAUUUUUUUUUGCAGAAGUUAAAGUUUGUUUGCAGAGCAGAAGGAAAAGAUUUACGUUUGGAACGCGAGAAAGCAGCUUUUCGAGGAACACCGCGUUAUGCAAGCAUUACAGCUUUGAGCAUGAAAGAGCAGUCACGCAAGGAUGACAUUGAGUCUUGGUGGUACAUGAUUGUGGAAUUGAUGGUUGGCCAACUACCUUGGCAGGAUAUGCAGGUAAAAAUCAUGGAAAGAUGGAGAUUUGAACAAACUAAAAAGCAACAUUGA